UUAUUUUUUUUUAUUUUAUUUCAUUUUUAUUUUGUCAAACACAUCUUCUUCGCUAUUGAAUCAAGGACACGACGACGACGACUUUCUGGACCUCCAGCCUCCGGUGAGAUUUUAAGAACUUCUACUUGACGGAAUUUCUGAGAUUUUACGAUCCAUUCUGCAUCAUCUUCUUCUGUUGUGCCUGAUUCUAUUUUUUGUUCCAGGUGGCUCCAUUGUGUUGAAUUUUGAAGACUGCAUUCUUGAUAUUUCCUGUCAUGGCUUCGAGACGGAAUGUUCGUUACAGCUCCCUUUCUACUGAUGAUAAUGAUCUCGAUUUAGAUGGAAAUCAAUUUGACCCUCGCUUUUACUAUACACCAAAAGCUUUUGACAAGAUCCCAUGGAAAUCCAUCGCUCUUGCUAUAUUCCUGUUAUUUCUUGGAUCAUUUCUUCUCUUUCUUUCGUACUUCGUAUUGACUGGUCAUAUGGCAGGAGAGAAAUCACAAGCUUAUGGUCUUUUAGCGUUGGGGUUUCUUACCUUCCUCCCAGGCUUUUAUGAGACUAGGAUUGCAUAUUAUGCAUGGAGGGGUGCUAAUGGAUAUCGCUUUGCAUCGAUUCCCGAUUACUAGGUGUUCAUAUCGUGGUGGUGUAUGCUUGUCUCAUCUCUCUUUCAACGUAAAACUAUCAUAUAAAGUCAGAAACUGGUUUGUACAGAAUCACGUCUCUUGAGUUUGUAAUGUAUUCAUCUCUUGUUCCUCUUUCAUAGGCUGUUUAGGGUUAGGAAAAUGAUUAAUGUUGUAGCUUUAGCUCAUUUACUUGACGAGUCCUGUAGUUCGAGUGAGAUUUAUCCAUGAUUAACUGUGUGGAUCAAGGUUUUUAUGUAGGAUUUGAAGUUUUAUGGAUUACAUUGUGGAGAAGAAAACAUUGUUUCAUGACAAGGGACUACUACAUGAAUCUUUAGUUGCAGCUGAUGCAGCUUUUG